CUAUUUGUCACUAGUUGAGUUUUUUUCGUUGUUACAACUCAGACACAAUGGCGGGCGCAGUGGUUAGAUUAACGGUUAAAAGUGGUUCCUUAAUCGCGCAGAGAUCCGGGGUGGGCGUAUCCGUUGCCCGAUCGGUCAGAUUCGCCAGCGGAUCUUCACAAACGGGCGGUAUUCCCGGCCAUAAAACGCGACGUCUGCUUACCAUUGUAGGCGGCAGCACGGUGUCUUUGGCAGCUUUGGUGGCUUUCAUCAAAAUGCGCUCCGCGGAAAAUCCUGUGAAUGCUGUUAGCCUAAAGCGACGCAUGCGCGAUGAUAGCGAGCUGGAGAACGUAAAGCUUACAGCUCGAGAGCGUCGGUUCAUCAAGUUUGCCUCCGUGGAAUAUGACGAUCAGCUCUACAUGACCCCACAGGACUUUCUAGACUCUGUGGUUGAACAAGAGCCCAGACCUCGCCUGAAACGGCGACAACUUUCCAGCGAUGAAGUGGAGAAAUACAAGGAGAGUACGCCAGCUUUGAAAAAGGGUUCUACGCGACUAUUUCGUAAUUUGAGAGACAAAGGUAUUGUCUCCUAUACGGAAUACUUGUUUUUACUCUCAAUCUUAACAAAACCCAAGUCGGGUUUCCGCAUAGCCUUCAACAUGUUCGAUACUGAUGGAAAUCAGAGGGUGGACAAGGACGAGUUUCUAGUGAUAAUUUCCAUUUUGGCCGGCGCCUUCAAAGACAUUCAAAAUGUCGAUCCACAAACCAAGCGAAUUCUAUCGCGUUUAGUUUCCUACGACGAGCAAAGCCAAAUGAUGAAGCCCAUGGCGGUGGUACAAACCAAGAGGGGUCUAAUGGAGCGCAUUUUUAGCGGCGCUUGGAAGGAGAAGCACGGCGAACAAGAGCCGGAAGACCCCGAGCCCCAAGAGUCCACCACCCUCGAGCAGAACUAUGUAAACGAUGGCGAGGGACUGCAGCGACGUCAUAUGGUGGCCACCACCCUUCAAUUUCAUUUCUUUGGCAAACGCGGCACGGGAGUAAUUAACUAUGACAACUUCUACCGCUUCAUGGACAACCUGCAGACGGAGGUGCUGGAGCUGGAGUUCCAUGAGUUCUCCAAGGGUAAUAGUGUCAUCAGUGAGCUGGACUUUGCCAAGAUUCUGCUGCGAUACACGUAUCUGGCCACGGAUGAGUAUGAUAUCUUUCUGGAGCGUCUGCUAGAGCGCGUUAAGGAAGAGAAGGGCAUCACUUUCCACGAUUUCCGUGACUUUUGCCAUUUCCUCAACAAUCUGGAUGACUUUACGAUUGCCAUGCGCAUGUACACCCUGGCUGAUAGGGCUAUAUCGAAGGAUGAAUUUUCGCGUGCCGUGAAGAUCUGCACCGGCUAUAAGCUGAGUCCACAUUUGAUUGACACUGUGUUUGCCAUCUUCGAUGCUGAUGGUGAUGGUCUGCUGUCCUACAAGGAGUUCAUUGCCAUUAUGAAGGAUCGCCUGCAUCGGGGCUUUAAAUCCGUGGCCAAAUCGGAGGGCUGGGAUGCCUUCAAGUACUGUGUGCGCAACGAAAUGAAGACCAUGAUGAAGUCGGCUAAUUAAUCCGGACAACCUUAGGAUGACAACGACAAGCAACGAGGCCAAAGUGAAACAAAUUCUAGUUACAAAUCUAUUUCUUCUUCUAAAGAACCAAAAUCUCGAGUAUAGUAAUAAUGUUUUUUAUAUACAUACAUAUUUGUUGAUCCAUCCAAUUAUUUAUGAAUUUGUUAUUGAACGAACUCGAAAGUCUCAUCUCUCAUAGCCAAUAUAUUCGGAGAAAUUGUUUUAAAUUGUUACACAUUCAUGUAUAGUGAGAAUAAAAUUGUUUUGUAAAAUUUUUAAAUACA